UCUACGUCUGAGGGAGGUGGCGAAGUCAAUAUUUGAACGGAGCUGUGGGAUCCGGGUGUAGGCUGUGGACUACGUGGUGCUGCGGGUUGGCGGUGGAGAGUAUUCGCGGCGGGGUCCUCCAGGCCCGGUUGUCCUUCGCACGGAAAGUGGGGCUGGAGGCGCGAGCGCGGCCGUUAGCGAGGGGGUGGAGUGCGCAUGUGCAGAGCACCGCCCACAGCUGGAGCCCGAGCCCGGCAGCGGGGGCUGGAGAGACAGCGGAGGUUUGGCCGCUGAGGGAAGCUUGAAAUGACGGAAUAUAAGCUGGUAGUGGUCGGAGCUGGUGGUGUGGGAAAGAGUGCCUUGACGAUCCAGUUGAUUCAGAACCACUUUGUUGAUGAAUACGAUCCAACAAUUGAGGACUCCUAUAGGAAGCAGGUAGUGAUUGAUGGUGAAACAUGUUUAUUAGACAUUCUGGAUACGGCAGGUCAAGAGGAGUAUAGUGCUAUGAGGGAUCAAUACAUGAGGACGGGAGAAGGAUUCCUUUGUGUAUUUGCCAUAAAUAAUAAUAAAUCUUUUGCAGAUGUUCACUUGUACAGAGAACAGAUUAAACGAGUAAAGGAUUCUGAAGAUGUUCCCAUGGUAUUGGUGGGGAACAAAUGUGAUCUACCUGCCCGGACAGUGGAUACGAAACAAGCACAGGAACUAGCUAGGAGUUAUGGGAUACCUUUCAUAGAAACCUCAGCAAAGACAAGACAGGGAGUUGAAGAUGCAUUUUACACACUGGUACGAGAGAUUCGGCAGUACAGAAUGAUAAAACUCAACAGUCAAGAUGAUAGAAACCAAGGCUGCUUGGGAUUAAAAUGCAUUAUUAUGUAAUUAGGAUAUAUUGGAUGCCUCUACGUAGCAGUCUGUGAAAAAUAUGCAACCAAAAUCUGAGCAAAAAUGGAGAAAAAGAUCAAGACUAAGUCUUUCAUGUGAAAUUGCAGACCAUACCUACCCAUUUUCUCUUAAAAAUGUUUUGACAUGUAGAAUAGUUUUACUAGGUACAGAUGCACUUGCUCAUUCUCUUUCUGUACAUUACACUAAAUUUACUGAAUUUCAUUUUUUUAGUACACUAACAAAUUAUGUUGUGUAUAGUUAUCAGACUGAGAUACAUACUAGUUUGAUAAAACUGGUUUUUUAAACAUAAAGUGCCUAUUUACUGCAACAACAGAUUCCAGUUGUUUUGGACCUUGAUGCUUACUUGAACUGCCUACUUCUGCCAAACAGUUUUCAAAUGUGUAAGUGUCGUAUCAACCUUAAAGUAUCAUAGACACUUGGCAAUUUAUGGAUACAGUUCCUGUGACAUUCACCUCAAGCAUUAAGGAGAGAAACUAAAUUAGUGAAGUUGUGUAACUGUUAAACCAAAAGGUGCAAUCUUGCUGAAAUGCAGACAGUUACUUACUACAGCCGAUCAAUGCCUGGGUAACCACUUCAACCUGUGCUAUAAAGUUACAAAGUGGUUAUACCAUACACAGUAUCUUAGUUUGUGUUAUCUCCCUUACUAAAUUAUUGUAACCCAAAACAAAUAGUUGGGUGCCUACUAUCCUGAGUUGGGGAUCAUUGAUAACAUUUCUAAAGAAUUUUUGUUCUUAAGUUUUCUGCUGUCAGUGCAGAGUUAUUGAAAAUUUUACCAGUUGGACAAAUAAUUGUAUUGGGAUUCAUUCAGACUAAAUAGGAAGCUUAGCAGUUCCUCAAUCAGUGCAGUGAGGUUCUUAAAUUGUUCUUAAAAUAAAUUAUUUUUUUUUAAAGAAACAAAUCUGAUCAGUACUGUAUUGAAUAUCUUUGUGGCUGGUUCCUAAUUAUUGUGAUUUUCAUCAGCCGUUAGCCCUAAUAGGUAUGGUGUACAUUUUUAACACCCAUUUUCACUAGAAAGCCCAAGGCUGAGAUUGAUUAAGAACAUUAAUGGGCAAAGAAGGGGAGUGAUCUGUGUGCUUUAUUUUCCCAUGUGCCUUACCUGAUCUGGGAGUGUUUGUUUUCUGUUUACAGUGCAGCCAUUCUUUAUAUUGCCAAGCAGCAUUAUCCAUUUAAACACAUUGUACAUUUCAGGCUUCUAUAACGUUGUUUUGGUGAUAUGAUUUGAUGUCCAUUGUACAAACACUGGAAACCUUAAAAGCAAAAUUAUUGGGAACACGCGCCUUUGUGCAGAAGCAUUACAGUAAUGUCUUGAAGAAAAAGAAUUUAAGUCUUGAGUUUUAUUUCUGGCCAGAGGGAAUCACAAUGCUUUUUUAAAACUAAUAAAUGAACUAUAUUUCAGGUCCAACAAUUUGCUGAGCUCCUCUUCACAACCAGAAAGCAAAAUCAAGAUUUAUAGUAGUGUUUGGUAAGCAACACUGCUUAAUUGGUAUUUUGAUUUACGAUUUAGAGUUUGUAUCUGAUAACAAUCCAUUACAAUAGAAGGUAGUUUGAGGAUGAUUUUGCAGAUAAAUCAAUUUAAAAAUUAAUAACUGUAUCACAACCAAAACAGCUGUGUGAAGUUGGAUCAUGCGCCCUUAAAUGUGUGACAGUAAUAACUAAACCCCAAAGUUAUAUGAUGGUGUAUAAUGAAAAGCGCAGGAUGUGCCAAUAAGAACAUUUUUUAAUGUCUUGGGGCUUAUUCUCCUGUCAUUCUGGGCCCUACACCCUUCACUGUACAUUGAAGGCCAAAUUGCACUUCCCUUAUUAAAAUUAUUAACUUUCCAUUUUAAGAAAGGAAAAUCCUAUAAGUAAUUCAUGUUUGGUUACAGCCUGCCCUGUUUCUUUAGUUCGUCACCAUUACCAACACACAUCACAUCUAAGUAUGGUGAUUUUUCCUGGGAACACCAAGACCAACAGGAAGAAGUGUGCUGUUCAGUUUUAGAAAGCUCCAGAAAUUGGAAAGUUUAUGUUACAUGCAAAUUUGUGUACCACAUUUUACAACAUUGAGCUUAUUCAACCCUAAAUACAUAGUAAUAUGGAGUAAAGAAAUGGGAGUCAAGCACUCAGCCCUUCAGUUCUGUUCUGCCUGAAAAUUAGAUCAUUACUGAUGUAGCAUAUUUUGGAGGCUCUGAUAAAUAUUAGCAAAUUGAACCAGACGUACUGAACCUAUAGAUGACUGCUAUUAACUGAAGACCUAAGUCAGAUUUUACAUUGCUGAGAUGUAAUUGUAUGAUGGUCACAUCUUGACCUAGGACCUUAUUCUCAUUUAAGUUCUCUGCAUGAUAUUAAACAUUUUAGUAAGCUAAAGAGUUUGGCUUACUGGAAGUUUAAACUGUGUUUUUGCUGACUUGGAGUUUGAAUUUGUUUUAUUGUUUUCGGUGCUUUUAUACUUUUAAAUAUGGCACUCCCCAAGGUGUGUGUGAUAAUGUUAAUUUGUUCUUCAAUCUCUCUUCACUGCUGAAACCUGCACCCCCUUUCAUAAUAUUUGGGAACUCAGUGGGCUGGUCCAAAUGACACUCAUCACUAGGGUUUCCUGUUAAUAGACUAGGGCAUUUUUUUUUCUACUCCUCUGAAAGCCUAGUUUUUGUAGUAUCCUAAGUUGUGCAUCACUAAUCAAUCACAAGACGUGUGGCCAGUGUCAAAAGAAUUAAUUGGCUGACUAAACAAGCUGCAAGCGAGUAGGUCAGAAAUUCCAAUGUAGAUAUGUUUCUUUAUUGUUAUUGCAUGGAAGCUUUCUAUCAGAAUUAAUAUGCUAAAGUACUGAAAAAGUCUCAAGACUAUCUAGAUUCAAUAACUGUAUGCUCCACAAAAUGCUACAAAUAGUCGUGCUUUUGUUUUGCUACAUGUGAUGUAAGCCCUUCUGCCAGAACACUAGUGAAUCAGACAUUAUCUUUUUAAACUCCAUAGGUUUACUUGAAAAUUAAUCUGAACUUUUCAUUUUGUAAACAGAUUAUCCAUACAGUUGUGAAAAUGAUUUUAUUUAAUGUUGACAUGCGUUUCCAGUUUUGUGCAGUGGCCCAAAUCAUUCUGUCAAAGCUGAUGUCAUGUUCUGAUGUAGUUAAAGUAUUAGCAUUUGUGCAAUGGCAGGGAUUUUGGUUUGCAUUUAUCAAAGCAUUUGCUGUGGUUUCAGACUGAUGACCAUUUAUUAUAGCUGUAUUAAGACUCUGAGACACAGCAUCUUUUUACAUCUCAGUUUUCAGGAAUAAGGACUUUAUAUUUUCACUACUGAAUGCUCUUUGUAGAUGGACAUACAUGGAAUAGUGUAGGUUAGAUGGGCUUGAGAUCGGUAUGACAGGUCGGCACAACAUCGAGGGCCGAAGGGCCUGUACUGUGCUGUAAUGCUCUAUGUUCUAUGAAAUAAUGUUUCUGUCCAUUUCAUAUUUCCUGCCAAAUCUAUCGCUUUGUAUUUCGAAGUUCAGGUGACAAAUGUUAUGUAAUAAUGUAUGGUUUAAAAAGUAUAAUUGAAAAGAUGUACGUUUUACCCUGUUUGAUAUUGUAUUUGUAUUCGUUGUUCAAUUCUCCCAGACUUGUGAUUCUCUUUGUUCAUUUCCUAGUCAUCUCUAAUCUGAGAUUUUAAUAUGCAUUGAUAAACUAUUAAUGUUUGUUCUAGACAAAUUUGAUGCCAUUAUUUUGACAUGUUCUUAAUGUGUGAAGUUUUUAGAAUGAGAUCUGCUGAAGUAAACUCCUCCACCACUCCCCUAACCACCUCCACCGCCCCAAAAUUCUCAUCCUCAAAAGAUGCUGUCUGUCUUGGGCUUCUACGUAGUGGAAUGGAACUUUUUUUCUGCUGAACAUGUACGUGAAGGCUCAGUUUAUUGUGGAAUAUUCUUCGUGGAGCAAUACAUUUGUGAUGCACUAAAUGAGCAUGCUCAGUGUAUUGAGAUUCAGGUAAAAAUUAGUGUAACAAAUUGAAUGACAAAAACAGACUAACAAUAUUUCUGUGGUUUUGCAGAAAGGCAUUGCUUGUGUGGGAACACUCAAAUUGCACAAAUAGCUUUUUAAAAUAGCCCUAUGAAGAAUAAUGAUCUGUGUGAUGAAAUUCUGGAAGUAUGUAUUGUUUCUUUGAAUCUAAUACUUUCAUCAGAACAAACUCUUAAUCUUUUUGUUUUGAUAUGUACAGUAGUUAGUGUUAUUUUCAUAUUCUAGAGAAGUAUUAUGUACAUGUUUGGAUAUUAGAGUGCAGGUUAGCUAGGCUAUUCUGGUUUGUAAAGCCGUGAACUAAACUUGCACUGACUAUCUCUUCUCCUGUCAUUCCCGUAUCCGCAAUCUACAACAGCAAUUUUAAAUAUGGAUAAAAUUAAUUGAUUUCAUUUUAGUUUUAAUUAUCAUGCUAUAAAAAAAAUCAGCAGAUCACAGAACUCAUCUUCAUUCUUGACACUUCCUCUCUGUCCCUCCCAUACACACAAUUUGCCAAAAAAAAACCUGGGCAGUAAUUGUGACAGUGUGUUUCUAAUGAACUGGGUUAAAUUGUCCCCGUUUUUGUUUUCUUGUUUCACUCAUCCCAGAUUCAAACAUUUGGCAGUGUUCUAGUUCUAAGUAAUGAAAAAAAAAUUUGAGUGUUCCCUUAACUGUGUACAUACUGCAUUAUUUCCCCCUUUUUGUAACUCCAGAGUAUGUCUUGUUAACUCAAGUGCUGGUUUGCUUUCAUGAUUGUGAAAAUGGCUGGCUGAAAAUAUAUUUUUGCAUGAUGUAACUGCUUUAUCCCCAUGAAGAUGUUGACUUUUUUGUAAAUAAUAUUGUCUUUUAAACUGGGAAACUUUCUGUAAAUGAAAAGAAUUUCUGAGCUCUGGGACAAAAGGAAAAAUAUAUACAAAGCACUGGUGACCUUUGAUUUCUACGGUCGUGUUUCUCCUGCAUGCAGGAACAUUCACCAUGAGCCAUUUUGCGUAUUCAAUGCAGUGAGACAAUAAAAGAGAACCUAUUCUUUAGA